AUGAAAUCAAUGGAGGAUCAAAUCAACAACAUUUCCUUAGCCUUUACCAUAUUCAUGAAAGAAACUAUGUUCUCUUCAAAUAUGAACUCUCCUAGCCAACGUUCUCAUGAUGACUCUGACACCGAGAAUGAAAAAAAUAAAGAAAAAAGUAACAAUGUCGAUGUUCCAACUGACUAUCAAUUAUCCUAUUCCUUACUUGUUCAAGGUUUAUUCGUCGAAAAAAGAAUGUAA